CAGGUUCACAAAGCAUUGAAGGCGUCCAAGAAGGCAGAAAGUCGUGCAGUCAGUUUAGCCUACUUAUCUGCCUAUGUAAUUAGUAGCUAGGUGUUUUCAAUAUGCGCAUCUCUUUUCUGAGCCCCGCUGCAUAGCCACCCACAGGGGACAAUUGUGCCAGAACAUUUUCCAGUUGUAGCAAAACCACUUCUUCAGAUGGGAAUAUAUAUCUAAUCAAUAAAGCUACUUCUGGCUCAGCUGACUUACUUGAGUGUGUGAGAGGGUGAGCAAAUCACCAAGAUUCCCGCUCCCCUCGCUAUGGGUUUUUGAAUAUGGCUCUUCAACAGAUAUCGGCAUCGAUCCUCUCCGCAAAGCAAGAAACCGCUGUUGGGCUCGCCUCACUCCAUUUCGACUUCUCACUUGUUAAAGUCGAACCUCCAAAGGAGUUCCUACGACUCGGAAAGGAAAUUAGCACUGCAAGGCGACUCUCAGCCGAAGAAGGGCAGCCUCAUUCGACAGCUAGGAAACUGGGGGCGCUUUUUCAGAAUUGGCUUCCCAAAACUCCUCAUCUCAUUCGGGCAUACGGGAUUCGGGCCUCAGAGAUAGCCGCAACGCCGGAGGUGAACCCAAAAGGCUCCCGAUCAGAUGGAAUCUUCGCCGACCAUGUUGGGAUUGACGGCACCAGCGUCUGGGCAGCCGCCACUUCUGGACCAGAUGCAAUUGCUGUCCACUUGUUAGCAUGUCUGCUUGCGAGGAUCUGGACGAGAUCCGAGGCCACAGCAAUAUGGGCGGAACUGGUAGCCGACCGACGCAAUCAACUCUCAACAGUUGAUGAGACCGAUCCCCUUUGCCAUCUUUCUCGAGAUCUCUCCCGAAUUGCUAUUACCAGAGAUCAAUUGAAGGAGUGGGAUGAUAGCGCCCGAUCAUGGAUUCAAGCUGCAGACGAAGCAAUGAGAGUCAAGCAGACCCAGUUGAUGUUAAUUGUCAAUAACGUUUCUCUGCCAGUCAACAAUCACCCGAAAUUAUACCAAAAUGUUCUCCAGGCCUGGAAGUCUGCUAUGAUUGCUGCCGACAACCUAAUUCAGGGGAUGCCACAGUCAGUGGAAAACGCAUCAGUACUCCUCGGUCUAUGUUCAUGGCAUAUUUACCCGGAUAUGCUAGUUCUACACGAGUCGCCCGUCCCAGUGAGGCAGAAUGACCCAGUGGUACAGGAUGGGGCAAUCCUAACUAUUGGUCUGCAAAUUCAGCGCCCGAGUGGUGAAGGCGUCUAUUGGUCCUUGCCCCUAGGACACCUUCGAUACUAUGGUGCGCCAGUCGAAUCUGGGGCCAGCCUUGGUGUUCAAGGAAAUCGAGUUUCAGUAACUCAACUCAACCAAGUAGCUUUCGGAAGUCUCGCCAGUACUUGGGGUUUUGACCGGACUAAAUUGGCUGUCUUCACAAUUCGACUCUUCGAGAGCAUUGAGGUUAAUAGCAGAGAUGAUUAUGAUGCUGAUUGGUUGAAACUAUUUGCCAACUCUCUACGUGUCCUACUGGACGGAGACUCAGUAUCGAAGAAGCACUGCGAACAGCUGAUGCGCUUGGGCGCCCAGCGCUGUGGUACUUUCUUACAACCAAAGGCCGCGUAUGAACUCCAGCCGGUGUAUAGCUUAACAAAUAUCAAGACGUUUCUCAGCAUGCUGUCCAUAGAGCACUCAGUAUAUUACCUGCGCAAAUUUAUCCAUGGCAUAGCGAGAGGACACCAAAGGACGUACAUUAUCCGUUGCCAGAACAACGAAGUCGUCGAAUUCGCUACAGCCUUCCCAAUACCGUCGGUGGAGGAAGACCCCUCGGCGAUUAGGCAUGCUCGCUGGCUAGACCUAUACCCUGAUGAUCCCCGCUGCAUAGAAAUCAAAAGCUGGGGAGAGGAUCCAUAUGAUUUCCAUGCCAACGACAUACAAAUCGUCACAGACACUAAGAGGUCAAAGACUAAGCGAUUCUACUGGGUCAGCCCUCCGGAUGCCCUUUCUGAACAUUCUUAUUUUAUACCUGAUGGUGAUGGGAAGCCUCAAAAGGCGGUCAAAUUUUCUUUCGUCCUUGGGGAACUGGAUAGGGUUAGUCUGUGGGUGUCCGAUACAUCAGCAACAAAGCCUGACGCCCAAAUAGACGGCUCUGUUCUCCUUGACGUCCUGACUGAAGCAGUGGCGUCACGGCAUUUGCAUCAGAAUAAACUCUUUGACCACCUGUCAGCUUGGCCGAAGAAUCUCACGAAUCUAUACACCUCUUUGCGUGCUCUAGCGACUGUCAAUCAGGUCUACUCUUCCAUUCCCGAUGCCACAAUUUCCUUGGAGGUUACGUCCACUCCGCUGUACAAGAUGAGCUGGGUUCCCAUUGAGAGUAAAUCAAGAGCAUCCGCUUCUUUUGAGUACCAGUUAGAUCGAAGCCACACAUUCUCGUGCAUUGCUUUAUUUGAGUCUGGGGGCUUUUUAGUAGACCCUGGGUCUUUGACGAGGGUGAUGGCCAUGGCUUCUAAUGCAUCAAUCUAUAUAUCAGCUCCCUUGCUAAGCGACCCUGGAGAAUGCACUUCUGAUUCCGAGAUUCGCCGCAUUCGAGGUAGCAUAGGCAAGCCCGGGAUUGCUAUGCUGAUACCCGCUGAAAACCCCCAGAUUCCAGAUUUUGAUAAGUCCUCUUGGCACCUCGCGAGCCACAACCCAUAUGAUGGGGGCGAAGAAGAUUCGUUCCAGGCCACUACGUUGCACCUAUUAUUCACUGAUUAUGUGUUGCCCAUAGACACAGGCAAGCACGGUAUCCGAGAUUUCGAGAUUUAUUUCCAGGAAUCCGUGAUCUCGGUGCACGAUCAUGGUCGCUGGGUUGCUGACCUCGAUAUUCUGACCCAGCUCAAUCGAGAUGACAUCUACAGUAUCAGCUCGAAGUGUACUCAUACCCAACCCCAGGAUGUUUCCACUCUGCUUCCAAACCCUCGCAUUACGACUGUGGACAAUUUUACGGAGCUACUGGAUGCCCCCGAGUACGUAGGUGUUGUUCGCUCUUCCAGAAAUUGGAUCGGCAGGCUUGCUACAACUGCUCUGUCCAUACAAGCAGGUCACCCAACGAUCGUCUUGCCCGGGGCAUUCUGUUGGGAAUGCGUACAGCGAGUCUGGCUCUCGCAACAGGUUUAUUAUCGACCACGGCCUAAAUCAGGUCGACAGAGGGGUGACAGUCCUUCGGAACAGGUACAAAAAGCUAAGGGGCUCAAGAGAAGCUACGAUUGUGUUUCUAGCUCCGAUAACGAAGGGAUUGACUUGAGGUUUGAUGCAAGCGAGACCGAUAAUUCGAGCGAAUCUGACUCUGAUGCAAUAAUUCUGCCAAAUGAGUAUGUCGCCUCGACGGCCCAUGGGUCUAUAUCCGGUAAACCCCACCGGAAGAAAAGGUCAUGGGUGGACAAGAAGCUUGGGGAGAAGCUGGCAGAUAUGUCUGGGCUCAUCAUCGUAGUAUAAUUAAUAUUUCGUUAAGUUGAGAUUUUGUAUACGAAUGUUGAAGUGUUAGUAUAGAAGCCUCUAAGACUGAAGCUUAUAACAUCCGAAACUGGAGUCCCCUAUGCCAUGUUUGCCCCAUAGGGCAGAAAGGUUCACAUAAACCUCUCCGGGCUCUCCCUACAAUAUUUAAACUGAAUCAUCGAUUGAAGUCAUUCCCACAGCAUAUAAGCAAAAACCCUGCCUCACGACCACCCCCCCUGCCUACUAAUUACCCAACUUCUAAAGCGAUUUUCUUAACGAAUACGUUGUUCGCGAUACUUUUUUUAGUAUUUUUAAUUAGAU